AUGGCUUGUGCAAAGAGGCAGAAUUUGCUGUUCGCCGCGAAACUCGAAAUCAUAAAUCGAGUUGAGCGCGGUGAGAAGAAGUCCGACGUCGCCGCCGCGUACAAGAUCCCAAGGAGCACCUUGAGUACUAUCCUGAAGAACAAGGCAGACAUCAGGGCCAAGUCGGACAAAAGGCCAGGUGCCCAUGGUGCCCGACUGCAUGGUAACAAUUGUGUACAAAGCGUGAUAGUGGAAGAAAAGAGGGCCACACGCCAAUUGCUGUCUAACCGCGUACGUCACUGCUAUUUUUCAGAUUUUAUCGGCUUGCCUUGUGCCACUUUUUACAAAGCAAAGUCGCAUCAUGCAACCAAAGAAACAGCUGACAGACUACUAGAGAAGAUUGCUUCCAGGAAUGUGUCUGAUAUCGGUGAAAGCGACGAUGAAGACGACAUUCCACAGGAAGAUGUUCCGCGGGAAAAUUGUGACAUGCCGAGUUCCAGUAAAGGCGAAGACGGGGACGACAGGUUGCCAUUGAAAGAAAUACAUGUUGAAGACAACGUACCGAAGAACUUUCAGUGGAAAAAGAAAGUUUACGUGCCCCCAUUAGACACCGACUUCAGCGGUCACAAUGAGUGCCCACCGGACACGGAUGAAACGUGUACACCGUACACGUACUUUUCGAGGUACGUGCCCGAGUCCAUUUUCAAAGUAAUAGCAGAAAACACGAAUCAAUAUAUUGUGAAAACAACUCUGCAUAAUGUGAACACCACAUCCAAUGAAGUAAGAAAGCUGUUCGGUAUGCAUAUCCUGAUGGGCGUCAUUCACUUACCUCGGGUAAGGCUCUAUUGGAACCCAAUGAUGAAGGUUUCGCUCAUCAGCGAAACUAUGAAGGAGAAGCACUUUUUCAAGCUUCGAAAUAAUCUUCACAUUGUUGCAAAAGAUUCUGGAUUUGACAGUAAAGAUCGCCUGUGGAAAGUGCGUCCAUUUCUGGAACUCAUACGAAAGCGAUGCUUGGAGCUGGCUGUUGAACAGGAAUGCUCAAUCGACGAGCAAAUGAUCCCUUUUAAAGGCCACCUUUCCAUAAAGCAGUAUGUGAAAGGCAAGCCAUCUCCCUGGGGCAUAAAAGUGUUUGCUCUGUGUGGUAGGAGUGGUUUACUCUACGACUUCGCAAUAUACCAGGGGGAACACACGAUUCCCGCCGACCUGAAAAAAGAAUACGGUCUUUGUUCUGGUGUUGUCUUGCAUCCAUCUAAAAGAAUUCCUUAUGGAUGCAAUUGCCAACUUUACUUUGAUAACUACUUUACAUCAGUGCCUCUCCUUCGCCAGCUACGACAGUACAGAAUUUUGGCAGCUGGAACUGUGCGAAAAAACAGGCUGGGCAAGUGCCCUCUUGAAUCCAAAAAGGUGAUCAACAAAAAGCCGCGAGGAUACUCUGCUGAAUACGUCACAAGUGAUGAUGUUGUAGUAGUGAUCUGGAAAGACAAAAAUGAUGUGUCGGUCGCGUCCAACUUUGUUGGCAUUGGUAAUGAGGAGGAUGUCAGGAGGUGGGACAAAACUAACUGUGACCACAUAUUUGUAAAGCAGCCGGAGAUCAUCGCCAAGUACAAUAGAAGUAUGGGAGGCGUGGACAAGAUGGACUUUCUCUUGAGCUUGUACCGCACCAAGAUCAGGUCAAAGAAAUGGACGCUGAGGGCGAUAUUCCAUUUUGUAGACCUAGCUGUCUGUAAUGCUUGGAUGGAGUAUUUGCAUGAGAAUGCACACACACGGCGAUCAAAGCUGCUUGAUCUUCUGCACUUCCGUCUGCAAAUUGCUGAGGCUCUCAUUAGCAGUGUACCAAACACAAGAAGCAUGGAAGGCCUUCCUACGAAGUCGAACCGGCGGAUGUUCCUGAGAGGAAAGCCCGCAUUCGACAGCCUUGCUCGGAUGCACGCUACGAUGGAACGGAUCAUUGGCCAGAAGCCCAGGACCAAACGCUUCCUUCUAGAUGCAAGUAUGAAGGUUGCAAAGGAAGAUCGAGUUUUUUGCAAGAAAUGUGAAGUGCCACUCUGCAUGACCAAGGAUAGUAACUGCUACUACAAAUUUCACACUUGA